ACUAUGAGAGUGGUUAGGAUUGAGCAUUCUGGGGUGGAUACCUCUUUGCCAGCCAUGCGGAAGGCAUUAACAGUGGUCCAGUGGGGUCUUCUGCUUGUGCUUUCAGUUGUCAUUUAUGGCUCCCAUGCACCUCUUAUCACUUUAUGUAAAACUGGCGGUCUGGUCCCAUUUAGCUCUUCCGCCAUUGUCAUUUGCAUUGAACUUUGUAAACUUCUGAUUUCAGUUGUGCUGCUGAUGAUAAUGCAGGACUUCCAUUUUUUGCAUGUUGUUUCUUGGCAGGCAGUAGUUCCAUAUGCUGUGCCAGCAAUACUGUAUGCUGUUAAUAAUAAUCUGGUUGUCCACAUGCAACACUUCAUGGACCCUACCACCUACCAGGUCCUAAGCAACCUCAAGAUUGGCUGCACUGCACUACUCUAUAGUGGAUUCUUACACAGAAGGCUGUCUUUGCGAAAGUGGGUUGCUGUUUUCCUACUUAUGGUAGCUGGGGCUUGUCACACUUAUGGUGGUGUCCAAGACCAUCAGAAGCCACUUUUGGAAACCCAGUUGCACAUUACACCACUGGGUGUCUUGAUGGUACUGUUCUACUCAUUUGUAUCUGGCCUUUCUGCUGUGUACACAGAAGUUAUUCUGAAAACCCAAAAGCUUCCUUUAAAUCUCCAAAAUUUGUUUUUGUACUUCUUUGGUGUCCUUUUUAAUUUGGGGGCUUACGGGUUUAGCUAUGAGCAUGCACAUUUCUUUGAGGGAUUCUCCAUUUGGGUAGUUGUGAUCAUCCUUACUCAGGCAUUGAAUGGGUUGUUAAUGUCUGUGGUGAUGAAGCACAGUAACAACAUCACCAGACUGUUUGUAAUCUCUUGCUCCAUGCUUGUAAAUGCAAUACUGUCAGUGCUUUUGUUCCAGCUACAGCUGACCCCCCUGUUUUUCUUGGCUGCUUGUUUGAUUGGUGUUGCUGGUCACCUCUGUUAUCAAGUGUAAUAGUCCAGUGGAUCCCUGUAACCGUAAGCUGUGAAUCACACAGCUAAUGGCCAGAGAUUUCUGGGUGGCAGUUGUUACAUGGAUGAAGAUAACAUCUUAGUCAGGCCUAUUGUAAGUUUGUUCCAUUUUCUUAAAAAUAUUUUCUAGCUUUCACUUUUGUUAAAGUUCAGUAAUUCAGCUGAUUUUAAGUGCAGGUUGCUUUCCGUUUGUACCAACUCAGCUAAUUAUGUAUCUGACUCUUUUAAUGUUUUAAUUGUGAUUAAAGCUGCACAUGUGUCUAGUAAAAUCUCUGAUCUCGAUGCCUAAUGUGAGCAAUUAGUCAUGUUUGAUUUUAUAACCAGAAACUUCCAUAUGGGAAUGUCCUUAGAUUUUGAAAGACCCCCUUACUAGCUGUAACAAGGUCUGUGACUAUUGAGCAGUUUUUGUCAGUAGUAGGGAUUUGUGAAGCAGAAAUGACAGUGGUUAUUUGACUUGCUUUAUGGCUUUCUUCAGGUCAGUAUUUUCCCUGUUGUGCUGUUUACUCUGCCAUUGUGUUCAUCUCUACCACACUUAUUAAUCUUUUUCUGUAGUUCUGUACUGCCGUUAAUCACCUCCUACUAUCUACAUUGUUGCCACCUCCCAUCCCCCAUAAUGGGGGAAGCUCAGUGGGGCAGUGAGUAAAGUUGUCAUUUCACAAGUGGCUGGAAUUCUUCUGUGCAGAUAUGCAUAUCCUUCCUGUGUCCGUGUGGGCGUUUUUUCAUCUAAGAGUGUGUGCGCGUGUGCUGGAGUGUAGUAAAUGUUUUAUGAUAAGCCAUCACCGUGUCCAGAGCAGGCUUCACAACUUGGCACCAACUGGCUGAUGGAAUAAGCUCCAGCAUCUCCUCAGCCUUGUAAAGGAUAAAGCAAAUUAUGUGAAGUUAAAUGGAACACAUUUUACAUCCAUUGCAUGUAAUACUCUUCUUUGUGGGAUAAUCUGUGACUUUGAGUUUGCUGUUUAACAGUGUCUU